AUGGUCACAGUACCAACGACUCUCGCAGCUCCAGCAGCUCCGGCUCUAGUCAUUCCAUCUGCAAGCAAAUUAAAUCCCGAAUGGUACCCCGUCAAUAAAACACUACCAAUCCGACCUACCGGCUCCAAUAUCCUAAACACAAAUUCUACCCGUGGAGGCAAGGAUGACCCGAGCGCCCAAUACAUUAUCAUAAUGAAGGAUAACGAACAACGUAAAUGGGGAGAAGUUUUCGAAGAUAUGGGAUUCAGCACAAGAGAAAUCAAACGUUCCUUCAGGGCUCACGGUGCGAGUGGGAACCACACUUUCCAAAGUUUCAGAACGUUCCAGAUAGAUGAUGGAUCUCAUAUCAAAGCAUUCGGAACUCAUGUUCGUGGGUUUACCUUGGAGAUGCUGGAGUCUGAGGCGGAGAGUAUGGGUACUCUUGAGAAUGUGAAAUAUAUCGAAAAGGACCAGAUUUAUGAGGCUGGAGUUGUUCGAGAUGGUGGUUAUUAUAGUCAGUAUAGUGGGGUUGAUAGGACUGUUAAACAUGAGAGUAAACAUGUGAAGAGACAGCAGCAGCAGCAACCGCAGCAACCGCAGCAACCUCAAGUGGGUCAGUUUUAUCAGCAAUCUGGAGCUCCAUGGAACUUGCAAAGGAUCUCAGAGGUCAAUAGAAUUGCUCCGAACUCUGGUAGUGGAACAAGCUUGGGAUUCAACUAUAUAUACGAUGGAACCGCUGGUACUGGUGUGGAUGUUUAUAUGAUUGAUUCUGGUAUCAAUCAGCAUGCCGAGUUCGGUAAUCGGGCCCGUAUGAUAUUUUCGGCCUUCGGCGAGAACUACAGCGACGACCACGGACACGGUACGCACACCGCAGGAACCGUCGGCUCCCUUCGUUAUGGCGUAGCCAAAAACGUCAACCUCAUGGGAAUAAAAGUCCUCGAUUCCAACAACCGUGGGUCCAACACAGGCAUCAUCGCAGGAAUGGAAGCUGCUCUCGCCUCCCACCUACAACGUAAAAACGCUCCAGGGUUCGCAGGAUCCAUUAUAAGUAUGUCUAUUGGUGGCGGAGGCUCCCAAGCACAAUUUGAUGUCCUGCGACGGAUCACCGAAGCUGGCAUGCACGUUUCACUCUCAGCCAUGAACGACAAUAAAGAUGCUUGCACAGCUUUCCCGGGAGGAUAUUCGCGAGAACUUCCCAUUUUCAACGUUGGUGCCACGGAUAUCAAUGACAACAGAGCCAGUUUUUCCAAUUAUGGGGCUUGUGUCAAUAUUCAUGCCCCCGGUGUUGAGAUUGUUAGUACGAACAACCAAGAUGCCCAGGGAACAAAGGUUAUGCAGGGAACGUCUAUGGCUUGUCCAGCUGUUAGCGGCGUCAUUGCACUUGAACUUGUUAGGAAUCCCAGAUUCAAAUUUGAUCCCCGUGGCAUGAUUGCUCACAUCCAGUCCAUGGCGAUCAAUGGAGUUGUUGGAGGCGCAAACGGAGGUCAAAUUAUGUUGAACAACGGUGUUAAAGGUCGGUAG